AUGGACGAAUAUGAUUAUAAUUAUGCUACUUAUGAUAUAGAUAACUUUACAAAUAAUUUUGAAGAUAAUUUAAUUAAUUAUAAUCAGAUAGAUUUUAUUAACGACAACAGAGAAGUUAAUAAUUAUGCGAACGAAUUUUAUGUAUAUGAUGAGGAUGUACUAGAAGAAAAUAUAUUAGAUAAAAGAACUCAUAAUAAGGAUUUAUCAAAUGAUAAUCAAUAUGAGAAUAUUUUAAUUCAUACAUCAAACGAAAUAAAAACAAUAAUUAAUAAUAAUGAUAAUUCACUUUUAAAAAAAAGAAAAAUAAUUAAUGAUAUUCUUUUAAAUAUAAAAAAAAUGAAGAAAAAUGAUACACUAUGUAUUAUAUGUUUAAAAAACGAAAAGAAGUACACAUUCACAUGUUGUUAUCAAUAUUAUUGUUCUUUAGAAUGUUUUAAAAAACAUGAUCAACAAAAAUGUAGAAGUCAAAAUAAAAAUUAUAAUAAAAAUAAUGAUAAAAUAUAUGCAAAUUAUAAUAUAAAUAUGGAUAAUAUAAAAAAUAUUAAUCAUCAAAAAUAUCAAGAUAUAAAUUAUUAUCAAAAUGAAGAAAACAUAAAUAAAAAACAUAAUGAUGAUAAAGCCAUUCAAAAUACUCUUCAGAUAGACAAUCAAAAUAAAAAAAACCAAAUAAAUAAUAUUAAUGAUAAUGAUACAUCAUAUUCAAACCUUCAAAAUAAUAAUCAAUCAACAUUAUUAUUAAACAGUGAUAAUAUAACAAAUAAUAAUGAGAACAUUGAAUCAUCUCUUGAUAAUACAGAUGAUUAUACAGAUGAUUAUGAUAUGUUAACAGAAGAACAAAAAAAAAAAUUAAAAGAAGAUCAUACAUUAAAAAUAUUAUUAAAAAAUAAUUAUGUUAGGUCAGUAUUUAAACAAUUUACAUUAUCAAAUGAUAAAAUUGCAUAUCUAUCUCAUUAUAUAAAUGACCCUACUAUAGUUCAAGUUAUUGAUCAAAUAAUGAAGACAAUAGAUGACACAUAA